CCGACGGGGUCCGACGCGGCGCCGACGCGGCCGACAGGUCGACGAAGGAUGAAGACUUUGCUCGUGGGGCUGGCGCUCUGCUCGCUGAUCGGGGGUGUUCCGGCCUUGAGGAUGGUGAAGACCCAUUUUCCCCGAAACGUAAUCCGAGGUCAUCCGGUAAACCUGACCUGUGACUACGACCCGGAGGGCGGUCGAAUAUACCAGGUCAAGUGGUACAAGGACGGCCAGGAGUUUUACAGCUACGCCCCGGGAAAGACGGACCGGAUCUUCCACAUACGCGGAGUCCAUGUCAAUUUGGAGCGGUCCGCCGGCAAGAGCGUGCAGAUCGAGAAUGUCGACCUGGACACCGAGGGCCGGUACGUGUGCGAGGUCACCGUCGACGAGUCGUUCGACACCGUCCUCGGGACAGGCGACGUCAGAGUCGUGGAACCGCCACUGGCAGGCCCCGUGAUCGCUGGUGAGCACCGUCAUACCAUGGAGGAGGGUGAUCAUGUCCGGCUCAACUGCACGUCGUUCAGGUCACGUCCCGCUGCCACGCUGACCUGGUACAUCAACGGAGCCAGGUGUGACAACGUGUCCUUGCGGAGCUACCCGGAGACGCUGGCGGCGGACGGACUGCAUACAGCCACCCUGGGGCUCGACUUCCGGUUGCGGCAGGCCCACUUCAGCCUCUCCGGCCAGGUCGUCCUCAAGUGCACGGCCGAGAUCGAGUCGGUCUCCUACCAGAGCGAGGACGUCCGCAUCUCCAGCAUGACGCUGGCAAGACGAGCUCAGCCGAACGCAGGACAUCGCUUCGUGCCGACCAGGUCGAUGGCUGCACUGACGGGCGUACUGCUCGUCGUCCGGUGUGCUCACGCGGCGUAGAGUGCCCGGCUCUCAGACUUGACCGUCUUCACGGGGUGGAGGGCCCCAUGUGCCAUACUGUCAUCCUGUCACAAAGCCGUCGACCCAUGGCUUAGCUGAUGGAAAUCACGCGGCAGCACUGACGUGCUGAUACCGUACUGUCCUUAACUGUUCGAAAUGUGACGACUGACGUCAUUCAGACAUCAUACUCAAGUCAGGAGGCUGGUAAGAUAAAGGGUCGUGGAGGUAACGGUAUGAACACAGUUGUACAUAAUCGGGCAUUCCCAGUGCACGAGACGUCUGCUGAUAAACAUGUGCGCGAGAGAUUUUACUGUGAUAACUGUUGAACAAUACUUGUGCCGUGAUUAAGUGUUGUAAAUAUUUGUGCCGUAAUGAAAAGCUUCCAGCUUAUCCGGGUGGUUACCACAAUAACGGCUCAACGACGAUAAUUCCAGAAGUUAUGUUGCAUGAGAUGUGUAUUGUAUCUGUGUGUGAUGUGUUCUUUGUUCAUUUCUGUGCAAGCGGCAUGGCAAGGGUACUUAAUAAAUUGUUAUA